CGACGACGGAUCUCCACAACGCCGCCGUCUGGUCGCUCUUCCCCGGCACCGCCGCCUCACCGCCCCUCGCCGGUGCCGCCUGCUCGCGAGCCCCCACCACGCUUGGUUUUCUCUGCUGCGGAUGCAAUGACAGGGACCACGGGACCCUUGGCCAACGCCUGCAUCUUCUCAACCACCUCCGGCAGCAGCAACUUAGGGACCCGCCAUAUACAGAGAGAUGUUGCAGGAGUAUCUUUGUGAUGGGGAUAAGGAAAACUUUGUGUACCCAAGACCAGACAAUAGUAAGAUGUUUCAAUUUUAGAAAAAAGGGGAUAUCGAGCAUCAUACCAGAAAAGAUGGCGUCUUUGAAACGAGGCGGUGGUCGUUCGCCAUUCAAGGACCUAACCAACACCCCAAACACAGCUGGUGACAACAAUAGCAAUGUUGGUGGAUCUAUGGCGUCUUCGAAACGAGGCGGUGGUCGUUCGCCAUUCAAGGACCUAACCAACACCCCAAACACAGCUGGUGACAACAAUAACAAUGUUGGUGGAUCUAUGGCGUCUUCGAAACGAGGCGGUGGUCGUUCGCCAUUCAAGGACCUAACCAACACCCCAAACACAUCUGGUGACAACAAUAGCAAUGUUGGUGGAUCUAUGACAUCCGAUACACAACCACCACUCGUAGAUGCAAGAGAACGUAAGAGGCAAAGAGAUAGAGACCGAACGAUCAAAUGGGAUCAGGGCAAUCCGCGCUUCCCGAACUAG